CCACCAUGGUUUUAGGCCUUGCUGGCUUUCCUGAGUCGCGCUCUAGCCCGCCAGAGAACGCUACACAGCCCAGAAAGCCUUCAGUCAAAUGGGACUUGGGCUCGGAUUACAGGGAGGGUACGGAAGAGACUAUGGCUUCUGGCUCGAACUUCCGGCGCGAGAGACUAGACAGCCAGCCGGAUCUUGGCCUCCACAACCAACCACAGAUCUACUUCCUGCGGCCGCGGUCCCCACUCCCCAAGUUGUUAUUCAGCUUAAUGAAUACCAAUGAUGCAAACGUGAAGAAGCUGUUACCCAAGAGCCAUUUAUCUCGGGUGAUUAUUCGUGACAACCUCAACGCACAGCGCAUCUAUGAGAUGGAGAUGAAAACCUCUGACAAGACCAAGAGGAGGAUGAGCUGCUUGUACGACCACCUGAAAAAGAAGUUCAUGAUGGACCAGCUGAGAAAGAUGAUUCGCUGGAGGCGGGAUUCCCAGAGCACCCAGGAGUACUUGGAUAAGGAACGGGUCUGAAGACGCUCAAGAUGGCAAGCCAACCACCAUGAACCGUGGCAGAAUGAUCUGCCCCAAGAACAGAACCACCCUGGUGAGAGCGGAGGAGCCCCAGAGCAGCUGGUCUCCACCAUGGUAGAGCAAUAAAAGGAAAGCCGAGGAUAGGAUAGGAGUGCAAAA